AUGGUGCCAUGUAUAUUAUUGUUGUUUUUAUACGCAUAUAAUGCAAGCGGACAAGAAUAUGAUGCAGACUGCAUCACACCGACGGGCAUGGGGAGUCAUUGUAUCUCACUGCACGACUGUGAUAAACUGAAGCCGCUGAUAAAACGACCCGCUUUCGAAAGGGAAACGCUAAAACUUUGGCACUGCGGAUACGACGGCGAUGUGCCAAGAGUGUGCUGUCCUCCCACAGUAGCAAAGACUAGAUGUUAUACGCCUGAAGGUAAGCCUGGAAUCUGCGUGAGCGUCCCAGCAUGUCCUAGUAUUUCAAAACGACUGAAACCGCCUGUCAGCAGCGCAAAUCUAGAAUACGUUAUGCUUUCAAAAUGCAGAGGUCCAGCAGAAUUAAAUGUAUGUUGCGACGAACCAACAAGAAAUCGAACGAUAACUGAUACGAGAAAUGGCAACAAUGAAACUAAUGAAGCCAUAACCAUUGAUAAAUUUAACGUAAUGAUUACGAAAUCUCCUGAUGAGGUCACCGUUAAUCCACUGACUAUAAACGACAGAGGCGAAGCAUCCGAUUGUCAAGAAGAAUUGGAUAUACCAAACGUUGACAGUGGUUGUUGUGGUGUUGAAAGUCCAAGCGGUAAUAGAAUUUUUGGUGGAAAUGCUACUGCAAUCGAUCAAUAUCCGUGGCUGGCUCUUAUAGAAUAUUCCAAUGAACGUUGGAUCUGUGGUGGUUCGCUCAUAAGCAGACGUUGGGUCCUAACAGCAGCACAUUGCCUCGUUACAGAGGAUAUGAAAAGUAGGAAUGCGCAAAGUGUUCGUCUCGGAGAUUAUAACAUAACGAAUCCUGGUAUUGAUUGCGUUGAAGUUGAAGGAGGAGGAGUUGAUUGUAUCACAGAACCUGUUUCAAUAAAAAUAGACAUUACUAUACUUCAUCCAGAGUACAAGAGCGUAAAAACCAUCGUUGAACCUAAUGAUAUUGCUUUACUUCGUCUUCAAGAGUUGGCGCCGUAUAAUGAUUUCAUCAGACCAAUUUGCUUGCCCGUCACCAACGUAUUAAAAUCUCCACCAGGAAAUAUGAGAUUUUUCGUAGCUGGCUGGGGUGCUAUAAGUGAAACACGUUCAUCCAGUGACGUCAAAUAUCAUGUGGACCUUCCAUUAUAUGACGAAAAUAAUUGCCUCCGCUUGUAUUCUAUGAAGAACAAGGCUAUAAUUUGGGACAAACAAGUCUGCGCGGGCGGUGAAGAGAACAAGGACUCUUGCACUGGAGAUUCAGGCGGGCCGUUGAUGUACGCUCAAGACGAAAAACCCUUCCAGAUCGUUGGCAUCACCAGCUUUGGUGUUAAACAAUGCGGUUUCCAGGGACGACCCAGUAUUUACACUAAAGUUUAUUCGUAUAUAGAUUGGAUAAGAAAAGAAGCAAAACCUUGA